UUUAUCAUCAGGCGUUCAGGUUUCCGUGUGAACGACAGCUUCUACAUCCACUUUUCUGAGAUCCUGUUGGCAUGGAGGAGCUGGUGAAACACCUGUCCAGGUGUCAGCACCUGGGUUGGAUGAAUGUGAUUGAGCUGAAGAGCGCAUCCAUCAAUUGGCUGUCAUGUGGUCGCAAGGCGGAGUCUGACAUCUGGAGUAAAAUGUUUUGCAUCCUGUCAGAUUCGCAGUUGCUCAUGCUCGACAACCUGGAGCUCCAUCCUCUUCUUCUGGCGGAGAGGGCGGAGACUUGUACUGUCUGGCUGCUAAGAUACACGCUGCAUGUGACCUCAUCACUUGCUUGCCCCACCCACAAAGAUGUUCCUGAGAGAGGGGUGCGCCGAAAGAGCAUGCCCAGUAGCGCUGCUGUGGACACGCCCACCACCAGAGUGACGGGUUUUAUUUCCCGGCGGCUGAAACAGUCUCUUCGUCGUACUCGAUCUCAGCCUAAACUCUCUCGUCAAAACAGCCUAAAGAUGGACCAAAUCAACACUGCUGACACCAGGUGUGUGAUGCAGCGGCUGCAUUGUGGUAGCCAGGAGUCGUUGCUAAGCACUGGCUGUGUGUCGUCUCUGGAGCUCAGAAUGGACCAAUCAGUGAUCAUCAAGCCUGUUCACUCAUCCCUGCUGGGACAGGACUACUGCUUCGAGGUAACAACCACGACGGGUACCAAGUGUUUCUCAUGUCGUUCGGCGGCAGAGAGAGAUAAAUGGAUGGAGAAUUUGCGCCGAGCUGUUCAUCCCAACAAAGACAACAGCAGAAGACUGGAGAAUGUCCUGACACUGUGGGUCAUCGAGGCCAAAGACCUGCCUGCUAAGAAAAGGUACUUCUGUGAGCUGUGCCUGGAUGACAGUCUUUAUGCCAGGACAUCUUGUAAACUGAAGACGGACAACAUCUUUUGGGGGGAACGUUUCGACUUUAGCAGUCUUCCCUCCAUCAGCGCUGUCACCCUCCACCUCUACAAAGACACCGACAGGAAGAGGAAGAAAGACAAGAGCACCUACGUUGGGUUGGUCAACAUCCCUGUCGCCACAGUGACCGGCAGACAGCUGGUGGAGAAGUGGUACACUCUGAGCACGCCCAGUACAAUUCGAAGUAAGUCCUCUGUGCCUACAGUGCGAAUCAAAGCGAGAUACCAGAGCAUCAUCAUCCUGCCAAUGGAACAGUACAAAGAGUUUGCUGAGUACAUCAGCUCAAACUACCUGCUGCUCUGCAACACGCUGGAGGGCUCUAUCAGUUUGAGGGCAAAGGAGGAACUGGCUGCAGCACUUGUCCACAUCCUCCAUAGCACUGGGAAAGCAAAGGACUUCCUGACAGACCUGAUGAUGUCAGAGGUGGACCGUUGCCGUGACAACGACCAGCUGAUCUUCAGAGAGAACACGCUGGCGACAAAAAGCAUUGAGGAAUAUCUGAAGCUGAUUGGACAGAAGUACCUUCAGGACGCCCUGGGGGAGUUCAUUAAAGCUCUGUAUGAGUCUGAUGAGAACUGUGAGGUUGACCAUUCCCGCUGUUCACCCUCUGACCUCGCCGAGCAUCAGGCCAACCUGAGGAUGUGCUGUGAACUCGCCUUCUGCAAGAUCCUCGACUCAUACAGGGUCUUCCCACGGGAGCUGAAGGAGGUGUUUGCAUCAUGGCGUCAGGAGUGUGGUAACCGAGGUCGACCAGACAUCAGCGAGCGUUUGAUCAGUGCCUCACUGUUCCUACGCUUCCUGUGUCCUGCUGUCAUGUCACCGUCGCUGUUCGACCUGAUGCAGGAAUAUCCUGACGAGCGUACGGCGAGAACUUUGACUCUCAUAGCCAAAGUCAUCCAGAACCUUGCCAACUUCAGCAAGUUCGGCACUAAAGAAGAGUACAUGCUGUUCAUGAAUGACUUUGUGGAGCGGCAGUGGAGCAGCAUGCAGCGUUUCCUGCAGGAGAUCUCAAACCCAGACGGACUGAACAACACUGCUGGCUUUGAUGGAUACAUUGACCUCGGCAGAGAGUUGUCCAGUCUUCAUACACUGCUUACAGAGCUUGACCAGGCGUCUCUUUCAAAGCUUGGCCCUCUUCCUCGGAUCCUCAGAGACGUAUCAGCGGCUCUCGCUAACCCUGGGGGCUUGUCUGUUUCCUCUCCAGAGCCUCAGAGGGUGGUGUCUCCUCCCCCACUCUCCCCACCCCCUCUAUCACCACCCCUCUCUCCUCCCUUGGCCACCUGUAAUCCCUCCGUUGGCCUGCAGGGUGGUGUAGGACUGGAUGGCGGUUUGGUGGACUUUACCCGACUUCCAUCUCCGACUCCAGAAAAUAAAGAUCUGUUUUUCGUCACGAAAGGAUCCAGUCUGCAGCCUGCAUCAGAUCCCUCACUUCCUGUAGGUAUGCAGGGCUCUCCAGCUCCAAGCUCUUCCUAUUCAGAGCCCAAUGAGAACGAGGUGGGGUUUGAAAUCGCCAAUGGUGCCAGGAGGGAGGGGCCAGAGCUGACCAGUGAGAGCCGCAGUCUGUCCCUGGUUGACCUGCAGGAUUCCUCCCCAAGUGAUGGUCUUGACGACAGCCAAUGGCAGCGCAGGACGGGGCUCCUCCCCCUCUCUUUUCAGAACCCGGUGUAUCACAUGACCACCACAUCUCCGCGGCAACCGCAGCAGCAGACAGACGCCACGCCCUCUGACGGCUCAGUGGGGUCUCAAGGAAAUGCUGAUGAAAGACUUGCCAUGUCAACCAAACCAGCUUUUCUUACUCAGAUGUCCGUCGGGCUCGGGUGCGGAGAGAGGGGGGAGAGGACAUCCGCCAUGUCGAGCAGCAGCAGCGGUGAAGAAUAUUCAAGACGAGCUCUGUCUCUGAACGAGACUACGACAGCUGGCCCUGCUCCACCUCGCCAGAACUCAUCAGGUCCUCAGCGUCGCAUCGAUCAGCCUCCUCCCCCAAACUCCGCCCCCCCAGGACCCCCUCGGGGCCGGACACCUCCCAGCAUGCUCAGUGGCAGUAGUGGGGGCUGCGCCUACCCUCCUCGUCCCGCCUCCGGCAGCAUCAUGUCCUCAAGCCCAGAUUGGCCAAGCGGCGGCCAGACGCGGCUUAGACAGACGUCGUCAUCAUCCAAAGGAGACAGCCCAGAGAAACAGCGACCGGCUGCCAAGGCGCCCUCUCCUUGUGCAUUGGAUCGCACUGCAGCCUGGCUGCUCAACAUGAACUCAGCCUCCUCCUACGGAGAAACAGAGGAUGAUCGUCAUGACGAUGCCCUAAUUGAGAAAUACCAGCAGGAGAUUGCUUUGCUGCAAGAGAAGUUGCGAGUUGCAGCGCUGCGUCAAGAUGAGUGCGAAGCUCGUCUGAUGGUCCAGGAUCAGCAGAACCAGCGUAUGCUGCAGGAGUAUCAGGCUCGGCUGGAGGACACAGAGAGCAGAUUAAGGAGGCUGCAAGACGAUAAGGACCUUCAGAUGAACAGCAUCAUCAGCAGGUUGAUGGCAGUGGAGGAGGAACUGAAAAAGGAUCACUCUGACAUGCAGGCUGUAGUCGACUCCAAACAAAAGAUCAUAGAAGCACAGGAAAAGAGGAUAGCAAGUCUUGAUGCAGCAAACACGCGCCUGAUGGCAGCUCUUACUCAGCUGAAGGAACGGUAUGCUGUGACAUCACAGAGGAACGGUCUGUCUCCAAGCAACACGUCAUCUCUGCAGAUCACCGAGAAUGGAGAGUUCCGCAACUCUGGUAACUGCUAAGCAACUUACUACUGGGCUCCAAAUGGCUGUGAGUGCAGGGUAGGGGUAGUGGCUAACUGCAUGUGAGAAGUGGUUGGAGGCGGGGCUAAUUAAUCAACUACAUUUUUUUUAUAAUCAACCAUCACUGCUUUCCUCACCACCAACCUGUCAAUCCAUUGCCACCUCUUAUUGUGACACAUCUGACCUCUGACUUGACUCCGCCCCUGUUCCCAUGUUACCCCUUAUUUACUGUUUUUGUUUUGCAUGUUUCCUGAACAUCUCACGACAUUUGACAUCAUAUCCUGAUUCGAGAAUGACCCUUUCCAUAUACCGAAGUAACUUACGUUGUAUUAUGGUCUGAUGGACUACACCCAGGUCAGGUUAAAAGUGUGUGGCCCCAGCCUAGUUGGACAAACUCUGUCUGUAUAUGGAUGAAGAAUGUAGUUCAGGUUUUAUGAAGUGUGGCUGUAAGUUGUAUUGACAUAGUCAGCGUCUGUCUAAGCUGUGUAUGCCCACUGCAGUCCUAGGCCUGUUCUAGGCACAGGAGGACAGCAGAGGGGGCACACAGUUCAGGCAGUGGUCACUAUGUGCCCUAAACUCUCUCGUAACUCUCUCUGGUUAUGGCACUUUUCUCAAUAAAAUAAAUUUAAUUAUAGUGUGUAAAUAUAUCUGGCCCAAUUGGGUAACUGGCUCUGGUUGUACUAGUCAAACUGGAACUAUCCCUGUAUCUGACGGAAGUGAUGGCUGUGGUGCCACUCAUCUACAAGAAACAACUCCAACUGUACAUGGUUCGUGUUUAGCACAGCUCAGGGCUGUUGUGGAUAUGUAUUUAGCAUUUUUAGGUUCUUAACUUUAAAUUGUGAGUCGAAGGAACAGUCCAACACUUGUCUGAUUCACGGGGUCCGGAGUCAGACCAGUUUAAUGUGUGUGUACAGAAACUGGUCCUUGUUAGCUUAGCUUUGCACAAACGCUGGAAGCAGCUCUAUUAAAACAGAACCUUUGAUCAGAGUCAGGCAUUAGUUUGUGUUGUUUCAGGCAAUUCCACAGAUUUUAAUGUAAACAUCUGAUCUUAUUGUAAAACAGUAAAACUCCUUAAAUUGUGAUGAAUAGUUUGUGAACAUGCACACACAUGCACACACAUACACACAUCUGCUGUCCUGUACAGACUGAACUCUGUCCUCUACUGUGUUCACUGUGGCCUCUGUCUGUUCUUCUGUAUUUAUGAGAAACAUUUCAUUCUGUUACAGAUCCUUAUUGUUAUUUAUCAAUAUCAGUAUUUAUAAAGAGAGAUGCUCAAAUAAACUGUUACACUAUCAAA